AUGCUUUGUUCAUUACUGACGUGGUUCGGACUGUACGUCGGCGCUAUUUGGUUGUACGAAAAUCUUCGUACUCCCGUGCUGUUGGUACUGAGAAGCAUUAAGCAGUUAGUGUUCCGCCAGAAACUCUCUCAGCGAUACGGCAAAUGGGCCGUAAUCACCGGUGCAUCGGAUGGCAUUGGGAAAGGUUACGCACAUUAUCUCGCCCGGAAGGGUAUGUCGAUAGUGUUGGUUGCUCGCAAUGAAGUCAAGCUCGCUAAAGUGGCUGCCGAAAUCAAAUCAAAACAUGGCGUGGAGACGAAAGUGGUGGUGGCCGAUUUCUCCAAGGGACGAGAGAUCUAUCCACAUCUGGAAAAGGCGCUCGUUCCGUUGGACAUAGGUAUCCUGGUGAACAAUGUUGGCGUUUCCCACGAUACGCCCAUGUACGUGGACGAGAUAUCGCAGGAGGUGCUAUGGGACUUGAUCAAUGUAAAUGUGGCCUCUGCAACACUGUUGUGCAAUAUCCUAAUACCCUCGAUGAAGCGUCGCCAACGUGGCCUUAUCGUGAACGUUUCCUCAAUCGCGUCAGUGUGUCCAUCGCCCUGUUUGGCGACAUAUGCCGCAUCGAAAGCUUACCUGACAAACUUUUCGGUGGCUUUGCGAGAUGAGCUGAGUCCCUUCGGUGUUGAGGUCCAAACCGUGCGACCCUCGUUUGUCCAUACCAAUAUGACGGAGUUCUUGGUGAAGGGUGUUAAGAAUCCAUGGAUAAAAAAGUUUUUGGUUAAUGUGGAUAAUUUCAUUGGGUACGCGGGAUGCACGAUCGGAAAGGUUGACAUAACCACGGGUCACUGGUCUCACGGUCUACAGAUUGCGGGGCUCUACUUGCUGCCGGAGUUUUUACGAGUUUUUAUCUUUGGACUAAUUAACAAAAAGGGACGACGUGAUUUUUAUGUUAAACGGCAGAAAAAAUCGCGAUAG